AUGUCCAGCCAACCACUCCUCCAAACAGCUCCAGGCAAACGCAUCGCCCUCCCUACCCGCGUAGAGCCCAAGGUCUUCUUCGCCAACGAGCGAACCUUCCUAUCCUGGCUCAACUUCACUGUCAUCCUCGGCGGAUUGGCAGUGGGUCUGCUCAACUUCGGAGAUCGUAUCGGACGCAUCUCUGCCGGCCUUUUCACUAUCAUUGCCAUGGCCGCCAUGAUAUAUGCCCUUGUCACAUUCCAUUGGCGGGCCCAGAGCAUUCGGAAACGGGGCCAAAGCGGAAUUGAUGAUCGGUUCGGGCCUACCAUCCUGGCUAUCUCGCUGCUUGCUGCUGUUGUGGUGAACUUCAUUCUUCGCAUGGUGCAGGACUAA